CAGCUAAAAUUUCGAUCUUACAAUAACAGAGUCAGUCAUUAAAAUAACGCAACGUCAUUAAAUAACAAAUUUUGUUAAUAUUACAUUUUUAUGGGGAUUACAAUAUUACAUCACCACGCCACAGAUGGACAUAAUCAUGUCAUGGAUUGAUGCAUUAACUUUUUAUUGCAACAUUAUAACAGAGACAGCUCACAGCAGCACUAUUGUAAUCAUUUUGAUGUCAUUUUGUAUUUUGACAGCUUGUAUGCUGAAGGUGAAGUUGACAUAAGACUGGAUGAAUCAAAAAUUAAACUAACACGAAAUGUUGUUUUGGUAAUUUUGGUUAGUUUUUACUGGUGUCAAAGUAUCGUAUAAUCUUACUGUUGCUUGCAGGAAAGUUUAAAUGAGUGUUUGAUACGAUAAAAUAAAUAAACAACAACUAAUUUGUAAGCUUUAAGUGUCUUCUAAUGAAGAUAUAAAUAUUGUGACACUGGAACUAUAUAUUUGUCAAGGUCUCAAUUUGUUAUGAGUUACUUUAUUUACUAAGACUUUAUUGUUAACAAGAAGAUGGAAGAAGAAGCCUGGGACGAUCUAUCCAAUAUACCGGCUGAUCCUCCAGUUAUGCGCAAACUAUGCCCAAGUUGCUUGAGACCUGCUGUAGUUUGCUGGUGCUCCGCUUUGCCCCCAGAGAGAUUGAAUCCUCGCAGCACAGUCAUAUUACUCCAACACCCGGCUGAAGAGAAGCGAUGUCUUCGUACUGCACCUAUGUUACAAUUAGGCCUGGCCGCCGACAAGUGCCUUGUAUUUAAAGGAAAAAAGUUUCCUCAGCCAAAGCAUGAAGGCUUAGAAACUGUACUCAAUCAACCAAACACACUUUUACUGUAUCCUAGUAAAACAGCUAUAGAUAUUAGGGAUAUGGAAAAUGAUACUGAUUCUUAUAACCUGGUACUUAUAGAUGGAACUUGGCCACAAGCAAAAGCAAUAUAUGCAUCCUGUCCCAUACUCCAUAAAAUAAAGCAAGUAAAGCUAAUGACAAGUAAUGCAAGUAGUUAUAUCAUAAGGACUCAACCCACAGAAGGAUGUUUAAGUACUCUGGAAACAGCUGCUGAAGCUCUAUCACAAUUAGAGAAGGAUCCUAAGUAUACAGAACAGUUAAUACAACCAUUGCACGCUUUGUGUAAGUACCAGUUAGAAAACGGGGCAGUGACUCAUCAAUCAAAGGAGUUUUUACUCAAAACGAAAACAUAUCCUAAAUUAAUUGGCAAGCGACUAUCUAAAUUGUUAAGGUCCACUAAUGAAGAAAAUGUAGAAGUGCAAUGACUUAUGGCUGUAUACAUAAAAAUAAAUUUUCUUUGCUUUGUUAUUGAACAAAACAAUUUUAUUACACACA